CAUGGCAGCAGGAGGGUGGAGGCGGCAGUGACAGGUGUAGUAGCAGGCGUGUGGUGAACGUGUCAGGAAGGAGCUCUAAGGGGGCGGUGCCGGCACUCACACAGACAUGCAGCUCUCGGCCAGGCUCUUCGCAGCUCUCCUCCUCGUUGGCACCUUCUGGACCCAGGCGGCGAGGGGGGAGGAGGAGGAAGACAUUCCUGUGGUGGAAGGCUUUGGAGGAGAAGUCAAGAUAGCGGAAGAGGAUGACGUGCUGGUGCUGACAAACGACAACUUUGACCACGUCGUGAACCCCAAAGAUGCCAUCCUGGUGGAGUUCUAUGCACCCUGGUGUGGCCACUGCAAGAAGCUGGUGCCAGAGUACGCUGAGGCAGCCAAGCAGUUGAAGGAGGAAGGGAUCCGGAUAGCCAAGGUGGAUGCUACCGUGCAGGAGGAGGUGGCCAAGCGAUAUGACAUCAGCGGCUACCCCACCAUCAAGCUUUUCAAGAAGGGGGAGGCAGUGGAGGACUACCGAGGUGCCAGAACUGCAGGAGCUAUUGUGGAGUACAUGCGCAUGCAUGGCGACCCCAACUACGCCCCACCACCCUCUGCUGUCCUUGUCCUCUCCACGUCAAACUUUACAGAGACCAUCAACUCAAAGAAACUCAUUCUUGUUGACUUCUACAUCACAGGCUGUAGACACUGUGAUGCUCUUAUGCCAGACUUUGAGGGGGCGGCGCGAGAACUGAAAGACGAGGGCAUCGCACUGGGCAAAGUGAAUGGAGAGCUGGAGAGGGAGCUGUUCAAGAAGUUUGAUAUCACUGGCUACCCAACACUUAUUGUGUUCCGCAAUGGGCAUCAGUUUGAGUACAAGGGCCCACGUGACCAGGAGGGCAUCGUGCAGUACAUGCGGGAGCAGGCCAAGCUGCCAUCGCGUCUGAUCACCACAGCACUGGAGGCCACUAACAAUUUUGCCAGGACGGACGCUAAUGUCAUUGGUUAUUUCCCGGAGGAGAACGAUAUGUUUGAGGAGUACAUUGGGGCAGCAAACGAACUCAGAGGAAAGUUACAGUUCUUCCACACCUUUGAGAGCAGUGUUGCUGAGCACCUGAAACUGAAGGCCAACACCAUCACCAUCAUCAUGCCAGAGAUUUACCACUCCCAGUAUGAGGACAAGGUCUUCAGAUACACUAAGGCCACUGGGACCUACAAGGAGAUGGCUCCCUGGAUCAGCAAGAAGAGUGUGCCCCUGGUUGGCCAGCGUACCCGAGACAACAUGGCGCUCAAGUACGAAAACAGGCCCCUUGCUGUUGUGUACUAUGAUGUCAACUUCUCCCACCAGUACAUCAAGGACACACAGUUCAUUCGCAACAAGAUCCUUCCCAUCGCGGACAAAUACAGGGACAUCACCUUUGCCAUUGCCAAUGAGGAAGAGUUUGAUGAUGAGAUCAAGAGUCUGGGGUUGGAGGACUCAGGAGAGUCAGUCAAUGUUGGAAUCUUUACUGAAAAGCUCAAGUACCCCAUGGAACCUGAGGAGGACUUCGGUACAGACGUGCUCGAGGGAUUCUUGAAGAAAUUCAAGGCUGGCAAGUUGACUCCUUUCUUGAAGUCCCAGCCAGUGCCUCGAAGACAGGAGGGUCCGGUGAGGGUGGUAGUGGCCCGCAGCUUUGAAGAGGAGGUGAUGAAGACCGACAAGGAUGUGCUGCUGGAGUUCUACGCCCCCUGGUGUGGCCACUGCAAGAGCCUGGAGCCUGUGUACAAAAAGUUAGCCAAGCAGCUUGCCAAAUCCAAUUCUAAUGUGGUGGUGGCCAAGUUUGAUGCCACAGCUAAUGAUGUGCACCCAGGCUUCAAGGUGGAGGGCUUCCCAACCCUCUUCUUUGUGAGGGCGAGUGAGAAGGACAACCCAGUACCCUUCAACGGUGAUCGCUCCCUCAAGUCACUCAAGGACUUUGUCACCCGAGAGGCAUCCAGUAAAAAGGCUGACAAAAAGAAGGAUGAACUCUAGUAUUAAACAGCUUCAGGUCAAGGUAGUGUAGUGUAGCCAAGCUAGCAGUACUACAGUUAGGUCAAGUUUCUAUGCUGUGAUCCUGCAAGUGUUGUGCAAAUGUUAUGGAAAUCAGUCAAUUGAAAGGUUGUGUUCUACUUGUUUUGUCUUACUGUGACUUAUUUGCACAAGACAUCCCUAUGGGAGCUUUUUCAUAUAGAUCUGAGUUAGUAUUAACCAGUUUCAAAUGAAUAUACAGCUGGGCGAGGUCUACACAAUAUUUGUGUAGUGUGGCUAUAACAGUGAAUAGGGUUCAGGACACCCCAUUCAUAAACAAUGUGCAUACAUUUUUGCUCUCAGAAGGUAAGGCUUUAGGGUUGUGUGGCACCACACAUUGUUAUUAAUUAACCUGCAGCUAAUCCUUCAGUGUGUUGUGCUUUAUAACAGUAGCUGCCAUGACCUAAUGUAACGCGACAGGUUCUACAGACAAAGAAAUUCAUUCCAGGUUAAUUGCAAUGUUUGAUUUACACAAGGAAUAUGGGAAAUUUUCUAAUUUUCUAAAAUAAAUUUAUCAAAUAUGGAUUAUUUCAUUGAUCAUUUAGUGCUGCAAUGUUUUGUUAGUUUAUACAAAAUGGAAAGAAGAAACUUUUGUCAAUGCAUUCUUCAUGAGAUGCUGUCUUGGGUGUAGUUGGAACCCUCUGCACCCACCAACCCAUGUAGUGUGAUAAAACAAACAGUAGUUCAGUUAUCAAAUAAUCUUGUAAAACACAAUACUCAAAACAACACAAUUUAUGAUCAUGACAAUCAAAUGCAUGAAAUCAUACACCAUUUCAUAAGUUACCAAAGGUAUGCCUUUUAAAGUAGGUUUUGUAAGCAUAUACCCCAGUCAUUUAUAUGAAAACACUGUAAAUACAAUGCCUAAAUUGUCCAAACACAGUCAUAUCAACACAGCACUAUUUACAUAUAUAUGAGCAAGGCCUCUGCAUAUGCAUGGUUUCAACAAAAAUGUCUUUUACGGCACACAAUAGUGUUGUCCAAUGGUGCAGAGAGUGGCAAGGGCUGAGUGUCUAGUGGCUGCCUGCCAUCCCCUGCAGCUAUCAUUGUGGAUGUGCUCCAAUAAUCCCAAGCAUUGAAGUAGCCAACCAAUGCCAA